AUGAAAACCCUAGUUGUCUUAUGUACUUUAUUAUCAAUAAUAUUUGCUUCGCCCUUAAGUUUGAAAUCACCUCUUGUGGAUGACUUCUACAAUCCACCUCGAGGUUAUGAAUCAGCAAAAUUAGGAGAAAUCUUAAAGUUGAGAAAAACGCCAGGCAAAAUAAGCAGUUUGUUUAUCCCUGUGGAGGUUAAGAACUCCUGGCAGCUUUUAGUUAGAUCCGAAGAUUCAUUUGGAAAUGCAGCAGCAAUUGUUACCACUGUUAUCGAACCUUUCAACGCCGACCCUUCCAAAGUUGUAUCUUAUCAAAGUUGGGAAGAUGCAGCUAACAUUGAAUGCUCACCUUCUUACGGUAUGCAAUUUGGGGCUCCAUUGUCAUCAGUACAAACCCAAGUGGAUAUGAUUUUCAUAGUUCCAUUGUUGGAUAAAGGUUGUUUUGUUGUUCUUCCAGAUUAUGAAGGUCCCAAAUCUACAUUUGGUGUAGGAAGACAAUCAGGAAAAGCUACAUUGGAUUCCAUCAAAGCUGUCUUGAAAACUAAAGACUUUUCUGGUAUUAAUGAUGAUGCCCAAGUUGCUAUGUGGGGGUAUUCCGGAGGUACAAUAGCUGCUGGCUGGGCUGCUACUUUGCAGCCCAAAUAUGCACAAGAGUUGAAGAAAAAUUUGAUUGGUGCAGCUCUUGGUGGGUUUGUCAUUAAUAUUACUGCUACCGCUGAAGCAACCGAUGGUACAUUGUUUGCUGGAUUAAUCCCAAACGCACUAAAUGGAUUAGCCAAUGAAUUUCCUGAUUUUAAAAAGAGAAUGUAUGAAGUUGUUGAAAAAAGAUAUGAAGGAGCUUUACAACAGGGGACUCAACACUGUUUAGGAGGGGCUAUUCUUCAUUUUGCCUUUGAUCAGGUUUUCACUGGUGACCAUAGAUACUUUGAACAGGGUUAUGGAUUGCUCGAAGAGGAAGUAUUCAACCGAACCAUUCUGGGGAACAGUUUGUUAUACAUGGGUCAAGAGUAUUUACCGGAUAUUCCAAUAUUUGUAUAUCACGGCUCGUUGGAUGGCAUUGUUCCAAUUCCUGAUGUACAUGGUGUUUACAAGAAUUGGUGUGAUUGGGGCAUCGACUCAUUUGAGUUUGCCGAAGAUUCAUUGAAUGGUUAUCUCACCGAGAUUGUUGUUGGAGCUCCCGCAGCUAUAACAUGGUUAGAUGCAAGAUUUGAUGGCCAACCAGUUGUGGAGGGAUGCAAGAAAACUACUAGAAUCACUGAUUUUUCUUAUCCAAACAUUUCCGAUUCAACUAGAAAUUUCUUCAAAGGUAUUCUUGAUUCACUUACUGCCUCACAAUUGGGACCUGGUGUCACAUCUGAUAAUGUGACCUUAAGUGGAUUAACUGGAUUCAUGGGGGGACUUUCUAAGUUCAAAAAGUCAGUUUAG